AUGGCUGACUUAGGGGGCCAGCAAGGCCGGAAUUACCGGCCUUACGGACACCCUUCUGCCUUUCAACGUGAUGCUGCAUACUCCGAGAUCUUUGGCGGUGCUCCGCCACCGGGACGCUCGCAGACGAUGACAUCCCAGACUCCCCAGUUCUCUCAGGAUCGAGCUCACACGAUGUCAUCACACGUCCCACAUCCACAGAUGCAUCGAGGUCCGCCACCGCCCGCACGCCAGAUGCAGAAUGGAUAUUCAUCAGGGGCUCCCAACGGAUACUACCAAGCCUACUCCGGCAGCGUAGCACCUCCAGCUUUCCAGCAGUCUUCACAGCACCCCGCACGGCCCUACCCCGGACGCUCCGCUUAUCCGCAGCCCCAACGGUUGGAUUCUCGACCGAACACGGGACCACAAUACCCAGACCCAAAGGGCUACACUAGGACAAUGCCGGCCCAUCCCGCCCUGAACUCGGACUCGAACCGGUCACGGUCAAUGGCGAAGAUGGGUGGUCCCCCAAUGUAUCAACCCUCUUUGAGCAGCUUCAAUCACACUUCUGCCAAUGCAAUUCGUCAGCAGCAGUAUACCGCGGCGGCUCCGAUGACAGCUCAAGGGCGACCCGUCCCUGAAAGGAAUCCGAACGAGCGCGCCAUGUCGUUGACCACGUACCCGACGGAUCGAGAUCACGCCUACACGACAAGCACAGGGCGAGUAAUUCCACCCAGGAGGCAACCAUCCGGACCCCCUAGCCAGGCCCCAGUCAAUGGCUACCCACCUGAGCCACCCAGCGCCCAGAAUGUUAACGGUAGGCCUCGCCCACCCAGCGAUGAGUCCACAAACUCGCGCUCCAUGUCGAUGGCAUCAACCGUCGUGCCGGAUCGAACGAUGAGCAUGCAGAGUACUGUGGCUGGGAAGCCAAGCAAUCAGCCCGGUCUUGCGCAAAGCAACUCGCGUCGCAGUAAGGUUCCGUUGGUGUAUCCAGCUCUGCUCUCGCGUGUUGCCGAUGUUUUCCGUGAGCGAAUUACACUCUCAGAACUACAAAAGAAUGGACUGUCAUAUCAAAACGCAUUUACCGGUGCCCACGCAGUGGAUCUAAUUGCACACAUCAUUAAGACCAAUGAUCGGAAUCUGGCUCUGCUGUUGGGCCGCGCGCUGGAUGCGCAGAAGUUUUUCCACGAUGUGACGUACGACCAUCGCCUCCGAGAUGCGCAGGGCGAAAUUUACCAAUUCAAAGAGACAAUGGGAGAAGAGGCGCCAAGCUCGGAGGUCAAUGGUGUAUUCACACUGCUCAGUGAGUGCUAUUCGCCGACGUGUACGCGGGAUAGCCUGUGCUAUUCCAUCGCCUGCCCCAGAAGGCUCGAACAGCAGGCUAGGCUGAAUCUGAAGCCGCAGCCUGGGCUACGAUCGUCUGCUUCGAAGGGCAGUCUGCACGGCGAUGACGAUGACAACGACAAUCAGAAACUCUGGAUCAAUAUGGUUCCUAAGGAGGUAUCAGACAGUAUUGACGAUCGCGAAAAGAAACGUCAGGAGAUCAUCUUUGAGAUCAUGUACACAGAGCGUGACUUUGUCAAGGAUUUGGAGUAUCUGCGAGACUUCUGGAUGAGGCCCUUGCGGGCCGCGGGCAAUGCCACUACCUCGCCUAUUCCCGAGCAUCGGCGUGAGAAAUUCAUCCGGACGGUCUUUGGCAAUUGCUUGGAGGUCCUGAAGGUCAACGGUGGAUUGUGCGAGGCCUUAAAUGCUCGACAGAAGGAAAGCCAUGUUGUCAAGACGGUCGGUGAUAUUUUCCUUCAGCACGUGCCACGAUUCGAUCCGUUCAUCAAAUAUGGUGCCAAUCAGCUGUACGGCAAAUAUGAAUUCGAAAAGGAGAAAGCGUCGAACCCGGCAUUUGCGAGAUUCGUAGAGGAAACGGAACGUCUUAAGGAGUCGCGCAAGCUCGAAUUGAAUGGUUAUCUGACCAAGCCGACCACGCGUCUCGCCAGGUAUCCACUCCUACUGGAGCAGGUCUUCAAAAACACAGCCGAGGAUAGCCCAGACCGCCAAGAUAUUCCCAAAGCCAUUGCUCUGAUCAAGGAUUUCCUGUCUCGUGUCAACGCAGAGAGUGGUAGGGCUGAGAACCACUUCAACUUGGUGCAGCUCAAUGCUGCGCUGAAGUUUGGUCCUGGCGAUUACGUGGAUUUGAAGUUGACGGAAGAGAACCGGCAGAUGUUGUCGAAGAUGGCGUUCAAGAAAACUCCAACAGACAGCUCCGAGGUUACCGCAUAUCUCUUCGAUCACGCAGUUCUCUUGGUCAGAAUCAAGGUUGUCAACAAGCGUGAGGAGUACCGCGUAUAUCGGAAACCUAUUCCGCUAGAGCUGUUGGUCAUUGCCCAGAUGGAUGAGGUAAUACCCAAGGUGGGAAUUCCCAAACGGCCGUCGUCCAGUCUUCUCUCCAACAAGGCUGCAGCAAAUCCUCCCACUACUAAGGAUGGUCUUCCUAUCACUUUCAGGCAUCUUGGCAAGGGCGGUUAUGAGCAGACGUUGUACGCUACAUCAACCACUCAGCGCCGGAAAUUCAUCGAAUUGGUAGAAGAGCAGCAGCGGAAGCUCAGGGAGCGCAACAGCAACUUCUACAAUAAGACAGUUCUCUGUGAGAACUUCUUCACAUCUGUCAACCGUGUUAACUGCCUUGUUCCAAUUGCCAAAAAUCCCAUUCUCUAUAUGCUAACCGCGCUUCGCUUUGAUGCAGACGGAGGUCGAAAAUUGGUCUACGGUACGGACAGCGGUAUCUAUCUCUCCGAACGUUGGCCGAAGGACAAGUCAGCAAAACCUCGGCGGGUUCUUGAUGUCAGUCAGGUCACUCAGAUAGAUACAUUGGAGGAGUAUCAACUGCUUUUGGUUCUGUCGAACAAGACACUAUCCUCUUACCCCAUGGAUGCGCUCGAGAUUCAUGAAGGCCAGAACACUAUUGCGAAGCGACCUAAGAAGAUUCAAGGUCACGCGAACUUCUUCAAGGCCGGUAUUGGACUCGGACGUCAUCUGGUGUGCUCCGUCAAAACCUCCGCUUUGUCGACCACCAUCAAGGUUUAUGAGCCUAUGGAUAAUCUGGCGAAGGGUAAGAAGAAGUCGGCUGUCAGCAAGAUGUUCCAGAGUGGACAGGACACACUGAAGCUCUUCAAGGAAUUCUACAUCCCUGCGGAGUCUUCCUCGAUCCAUUUCCUUCGCUCAACACUCUGUGUGGGCUGUGCCCGAGGCUUUGAGGUUGUCAGUCUCGAAACCACCGAAACACAGUCUCUGCUCGAUCAGGCGGAUACAUCUCUUGACUUCGUUGCACGCAAGGAGAAUGUGAAGCCGAUCCACAUUGAACGCUUGAACGGCGAAUUCCUCUUGAACUACAGCGACUUCUCAUUCUUCGUCAACCGCAACGGAUGGCGUGCCCGUUCCGACUGGAGAAUCUCCUGGGAGGGUAAUCCGAACGCAUUUGCACUUUCUUUGCCUUAUAUUCUCGCUUUCGAGCCCAAUUUCAUCGAAAUCCGUCACAUUGAAACGAGCGAGCUGGUGCAUAUCAUGACUGGAAAGAACAUUCGCAUGUUGCAUUCGUCGACCCGAGAAAUUCUUUAUGCCUAUGAAGAUGAAUCAGGAGAGGAUGUGGUCGCCAGCUUGGAUUUCUGGAACAAGCCACAACACUGA